AGUCUGACUUGUUCUUGACUAGUUGUCAUUAUUAGCAAAAAAAAAUAGUUAAUGACUAAUCUUUAACGCAGGGAAAACACUGUAAAGAAGAAAAUUCGUCCCGCAAAGCGAAACAUGCAUUACAAUUAACUGUGAAUAGCUACUUUGACCAAUUACUUACACAACACAAACAAAAACUCCAGAACGAUGAAGAAGUCGAUUGUAAUUUUAUUAGUACACGUAUAUGUUUGUUUCGGAUUCUAUUUACCCGGGUUGGCACCGAAAAAUUACUGCAAACAGGAGCAUCAGUUGCCAUCCUGCCAGUCUACAGUCACUCUGUAUGUGAACCGCUUGAAUACGGAGGAGUCUGUAAUUCCCUACGAAUAUCAUCAUUUCGACUUUUGUCCGAUCGAUGAGACGAAUUCUCCGGUGGAAAAUUUGGGACAAGUCGUCUUUGGCGAACGCAUACGUCCCGGUCCCUACAAAAUUGACUUUUUGAAAGAAGAAAACUGCAAAGUGGCGUGUACGAAAACGUACCAAGGAGGUGAUAGUGCGGCCGAAAAGAAACUUAUCACAAUCAAGAAAGGCAUAAGUUUGAAUUAUCUACAUCACUGGAUUGUCGAUAACAUGCCCGUGACAUGGUGUUACAUACUCGAGAACUCGAAGCAAUAUUGCAGCACCGGAUUCCCCAUCGGAUGUUUGGUGCGGAAGGACGACACGUGUCCCAUUAGCAUCGAAAACAGUCGCGUCGGCAAUUACUACAUUUUCAAUCAUGUAGAUCUAGUCAUUACUUAUCACAGUGGCGACUCGGAAGAGUGGGGCGCUAGUUUUGGCAACAAGGGAGGACGAAUCAUUUCGGUCAAAGUGACACCUCGCUCAAUCGAUCACAAGGGCACACCAAAAUGCGAUUCAAAGGAACCUUUGAGUAUCCCCUCAGCCACGAUCCCGUCGGGACAAACUUUGGACAUCAUGUACACUUAUUCCGUGCAAUUUAAGCAAGACAACUCCAUUAAAUGGUCCUCGCGAUGGGAUUACAUCUUGGAAUCGAUGCCUCACACCUCGAUCCAAUGGUUUUCGAUCUUGAACUCGCUCGUUAUCGUUCUUUUCUUGUCCGGCAUGGUAGCGAUGAUUUUGUUGCGUACAUUACACAAAGAUAUUGCACGUUACAAUCAAAUGGACACGGGCGAAGACGCGCAAGAAGAGUUUGGAUGGAAACUCGUGCACGGUGACAUCUUCAGACCGCCUCGCAAGGGCAUGUUGCUUUCCGUUUUGCUCGGUUCCGGCGUUCAAGUCUUCUGUAUGACGAUGGUAACACUCGCUUUCGCCUGUUUGGGUUUCCUGUCGCCCGCCAAUCGUGGAUCUCUCAUGACCUGCGCCAUGGUAUUGUUCGUGCUGCUCGGAACGCCCGCCGGAUACAUCUCGGCACGCGUCUACAAGAGCUUCGGCGGCAUCAAAUGGAAGAGCAACGUUAUUUUGACGUCAACUUUAUGUCCAGGGGUUGUUUUUGGUUUGUUCUUCAUCAUGAACCUCAUUUUAUGGAGCAAAGGAAGUUCGGGAGCCGUUCCUUUCUCAACACUGAUUGCCUUGCUGGCUUUGUGGUUCGGAGUUUCAGUGCCAUUGACGUUCGCUGGAGCUUACAUUGGAUUUAGAAAACGACCAUUGGAACAUCCCGUGCGUACAAAUCAAAUUCCGCGUCAAAUCCCAGACCAGUCGAUCUACACACAAGCAAUUCCCGGCUACUUCAUGGGCGGCGUCCUGCCAUUCGGUUGCAUUUUUAUUCAACUAUUCUUCAUUUUGAACUCGAUUUGGUCGUCGCAACACACUUACUACAUGUUCGGAUUCCUCUUCUUGGUAUUCUUGAUUCUCGUGAUUACCUGCUCGGAAACGACAAUUUUGCUGUGCUAUUUCCAUCUGUGCGCCGAGGACUACCAUUGGUGGUGGCGAUCGUUCCUGACAUCCGGCUUCACGGCAGGCUACUUGUUCGUCUACUGCUGCCAUUAUUUCGUCACGAAGCUACAAAUAGAGGAUACGGCAUCAACAUUUUUGUAUUUCGGCUAUACGAUUAUCAUGGUCUUUUUAUUCUUCUUGCUAACAGGUUCAAUUGGAUUCUUCUCCUGUUUUUGGUUCAUUCGCAAGAUUUACAGUGUAGUGAAAGUUGAUUAAACAGAACAUUUAAACACUAAGUAAUUAAUAAAAUAUAUAUUAUAAUUAAUGAGUAAAAUAAAUUGAUAACUAAUGCAUUAAAAACGAGA